CGGGCGAGGCGAGCCCAGCAGAGGUCCGCACCGCACUGCGCAUGGGCUGGCAUCCCUCCUCUUCUCCAACUGCCCCUUGGAUUUCCGCCAGCGUCGGGAACAUUCUGAAGGCGGUUGGCUGCUUGCUACCGGUUGCGGACAUGUCUGAUGAGCAAGGUUCCCUGAUGGGAGGCGAGGAGCCAGUGGCGACAGGCACCUGCCGUGCGUGCUCCAUGAAGCAGGUGGAGGAGGAGGAGGAGCCCCCGAAGAUGGAAGUGGUGGUGGGGGUGGACAGCUGCUCUGACGACCUCAGCUCCCGGGACCCCGAGCUGGAUUGUCACCUCCUGGGUCAGACCGAGGACGAGGAGAAGUGUCGGAACAUCCGCAAGCAAUACCGGCAGCUCAUGUACAGUGUCCAGCAGAACCGAGAGGACAUAGUGAACACGGCCAGCGACUCCUUAACCGAGGCCCUCGAGGAAGCCAACGUCCUAUUUGAUGGAGUGAGCCGAACGAGAGAGGCUGCCCUCGAUGCCCAGUUUCUUGUUUUGGCUUCUGAUUUGGGUAAAGAAAAAGCAAAGCAGUUAAAUUCUGAUAUGAGCUUUUUUGAUCAAGUAGCGUUUUGUGACUUUCUGUUUAUAUUUGUGGGCCUCAAUUGGAUGGAAGACGAAUGUGAUGAGUUGAGUGGUUGUGAUGACAAUAUCUCUCUUUCCUUUUGGGAGACAGUACAGAAGGAAGCAACAUCCUGGAUAUUGCAAGCUGAAACAUUCCACUUUAUUUUUGGUUCAUUCAAGUCUGAGCCUUUUGUACGAAAGCCCCGACUUGAACAUCACAAAAAAUUUCGCAAAAUGGAAGGAAAUGGGGAUAUGCCUACAAAGUUGAGGAAGUUGGACCUGAGUACCAACCAAGAAGCAACAGAAAAAGAAGUAGAAAGAAUCUUGGGAUUGUUGCAAACCUACUUUCGAAAGUAUCCUGAUACUCCUGUGUCCUAUUUUGAGUUUGUGAUUGAUCCAAACUCUUUCUCUCGUACAGUGGAGAAUAUAUUCUACGUUUCUUUUAUUAUAAGAGAUGGCUUUGCAAGAAUAAGGCUUGACCAAGACAGGCUGCCAAUAUUAGAGCCAAUUAAUAUUAACCAAAUGGGUGAAGGAAGUGAUCCCAGUUCCUUUGGUAGGAAGCAAGGGGUUAUAUCUCUGAGUUUACAGGAUUGGAAAAAUAUUGUGGCAACUUUUGAAAUUUCAGAGGCUAUGAUUACAAACUCAUAUUAGAUUUUUGUUCCUAGUGUAAGAGUCAGUUUUGUUUUUCUGAAGUAUCUCAAAACAGCAAAAUCUGAACAGAAGUGCACACAUUAUAUUUCUUGUAAAGCAAAAUAUUUUCAAGAAUAUUGAAAAUUGUUUUUCUGUGUAAUGUGUUUUGGUAAUUUAUGAGGUUGUGAUCUGUUAUUAAAAAUUUUCACUGGCAUACUUAUGGGAAAUAUUUUUUUGAAUGCUCUAUAAAAUCUACAUUAAUAAAAAAUUUUUUAAAUUCUGAGUUUUGUAAACUAAAUACAUUGGCCAACUUGCAAAAAAAAAAAAAAAAUCAGAAUGGUAUGUGAUACUGUUUUGCUUCCUCUCUGGUAGUGAACCAAGGAGAAUCCCAUUAAGUUGAGGUGAGAGUGGGUAAAAAGUUGCUCAAGAAAAGCGUUAAGGUAGUAAAUAUGCACUAUUACAACUUAAAAAAAGUUAGAUGCUGUGCUUCGCUGCAGAGAAUAAAUUUCUAAAUGAUUUCUCCUGUAAGCUGACUCAGCAAAUUUGUGUGACUACUGCUCAGUAGACAAAACAUCAAAUAAGGGCUGAAAGGGGGAGUAGGAAUUGGGAGAUGGGAACAGCCUUCUAGGCAGGGAAGUAAUAAGGGCAAAUGCAUAAGUCAUGGCAGAAGAGAACCUUUAGAUUUAGGGGAAACAAUUCUGCUUGAAUGUGAAGCUAUGUGAGAAUUGCAUGACUUCAUCUGUUAGUGUCCUUAGAAGUUUUUUGUCCCACAAAUUCCUCUAAUAUGGAUUGGGAUGGGAUUGUGGUUCAGCGGCAGAGCACUUGCCUCACAUGUAUGGGGCACUGGGUUCGAUUCUCAGCACCACAUAAAAAUAAAGGGUAUUGUGUCCAUCUACAACUAAAAAAAUAUAUAUAUAUAUUAAAAAAUCCUUCUUACAUGCUUAUUUGUAAGCUUUUUGUGCUUGGUUAAUGUCUUCUCUUGCCCAUACAUUCUCUCUAUGUAUCUGCUAAUAAAAAAUGUCCUUCAGAAUCAGUGAUGUGUUAUCGUGUAACAACUUCAGAUAUUUGUCCCAACUAAUUUUACAUGUUAAUAGGGCUAGAACUGUCUCUGUUUAAACUGUGUUUAUUCACAUAUUCUUAGUGUGAACUGUUCUGUUUUUUUCUUUUUGAUGCUUCUAGUUGUUUUAAGAGUACAAAUUACAACCUGAUUUAGAAAUUACUGCUGAAAAUUAAAAAGCUUUAGAAUGUACAAUAAGCAUACCCAUAAGUUUCCUUCUAUCUUUAGGAACUUAAUCUUUGGUAGUGGAGGAAUUUGGCAAUUAAUUGGUAAGUGGGGUAAGUGACUGUUAGUAGGAAGUCUAGUUGGUACAGGGAAGGGAAAUCCAAAGGCUAAACAAAUGAUACCAAGAGAGGCCAGAGCUGAUAUUUGGGGAAGUUUUUCACUAAUAAUAUACUGGAGAAUUUUUAAAAAAUAGAUAUUUCUUGUUGGCAAAUUAUUUUCUGAAGUAGCUAUUCUUACCUCUUAUUAGAAUUCUCAAGGAAUUCCAAUCCUUGUCAGUUUCUGUCACCCUUUGAUUUAGGGUGGUCUUGCUGAUCCUCACUUCUGGUAUAUCUGCCAACCUUGCUUGAGUUUUCCGGAGAUCUGUUGUUGGAGCGAAAAGAUAAUUGUUUUGGAUAGUGGAGAGAUCCUGAGUUCUUCACUCACUAUCAGAUUCAUUUCUUUACUGGGAGGAUUUGACACAGAGUGAUAAUAGAAAAUGUAGGUAAUUUUUUGGGUCUCUUUAAAAUUAGAGUUAUCCACUCAUUUUUGUUUUUACUAGUUGUCAUGACAUGUGAGUUAUCUCAUUAUUUUGAAAUUAAAGCACAUGUUUACAUUGAAGAAAAGACUUGACCAAUGGAGAGAUGAGUUCCUUUAUAAAGAUUAAGAAUCAUAUUGAAAAAAUGGUGUUUUCCCACUAAUAGUUAGAACACCUUAACUUUAUAUUGUUUUCUGAGCACCUGUAAAUUUUGUUGUUGUUGUUGCUUUUUAGUUGUAGAUGGAUACAACACCUUAUUUUUAUGUGGUCCGAGGAUCGAACCCAGUGCGUCACACGUUAGGCAUGUGCUCUGCCAUUGAGCUACAACCCCAGCCCUGAGCACUUUAACUUUUGAAGGUUCAAAUAAAUUGAACUUUAAGAGAAUGUUGUGAAUUUAUUUUAAAGUAAAACUUUAUUGGAUAAUAGGACCACUUUGUGAUCAAAUGUCCUGCAUCAGUACUAACAUUUUUGUUAUCCACUUUGGGCAGAUUGUCUAACUGUAAAGUUGAGGUUUUUGAUUUUCCAAGUGAGAAUAAUAGUAAGGUUUAGAUUAGAAAAAUUUAUGAUAAAUACUUUGAAAUAAGAACUACUAUAUAUGGUGGUGCAGUGAGAAAAGUAAUAGAUUUGUAAUUUGAAACCUCGGUUUAAUUCUUGGCUAGUGGGCAGUUUUCUUAAUUUCUCAAGGUCUCCCUUAGGUAUGAAAUGGGAAUGAUAUCUAACAAUAGUUAGAGGACUACUAUAAGGAUUAGAUGAGAUGUAAUGUGUGUAAAACUUCCAGCAUGGUGUCUGUCUCAUUGUGGACACUCAUGUUAUUGCCCCAUUCUCCAGAUAUCAGGGUCAACAAAUUCUGGGGUACCACCACUCACUGUAGUUUCCUUAUGCUUUAAAAAAAUUUUUUUUUUGUUGUUGUUGUUGUAGAUGGACACAAUACCUUUUUUUAAAUUUAGUUUUUAUGUGGUGCUGAAGAUAGAACCCAGUGCCUCACACAUGCUAGGCAAACGCUCUACCAAGGAGGCACAACCCAGUCCUCCUUAUACUUCUAGAUCCCUUGUCUGUCUUCUGGAGAAUUCAUUGCCAAGUAACUGGAAUCUGCACAAAUGGUGCCAGACACUGCUCUAGGCCUGGAGAAAAAGUGGUGCCAGAAAAUUGUGUUUCUAUUUUAGAGGGUAUAUUCAUUUAUCAUUGCUGUAACCAAACAGUGAGUGGAAGCAAUACUAACUAUCUUAUAGUUCUGGAGGUUGGAUGUCCAACCAGAAUUGGGUUGGCUGAGCCAAAAUCAAGGCAUCAGCAAGUCUGGUUCUUUCUGGAAGCUCUGAGGGAGAAUCUCAUUCUUUGUCUUUUCAAUUUCUGGAGGCCACCUGUACAGAACACUUUCAAAACUGGCAGUGCCGUCUCUUCUGUGAACACAUCUCCAGCUACUGUAGUCAUUUCUCUGCCUCCCUCUUACAAGGACUUUUGUGAUUACAUUGAGCCUGCUGGGAUAAUUCUAGAAAAUCCCAUCUCCAGAUUCUUAGUCACAUCUCCAAAGUCCUUUUAAAGGUAACAUUCACAGGUUAUAGGGAUUCAUGCUCUUAUGUCGGGGGAGUCACUGAGGAAAAGACAGCAACAUUUUUGUGAAUGACCGUUGUACCAAAGAAACACUGCUGGGAUAUUGGUUGAAUUGACUUUCAGAUAGGAUAGAAAAGCUCCGGAAGGAGGUAAUCAAUGUGGUACCUGCAGUCAUUUACCAGAAUACUUGACACAGAGUACAGGUGAAACAUUACCAUGGUUCUAGACAUUGUAGUCAUAUGCUAGCUAUAUAUCUAGAUAAUUGGUCAUGGACAGCCAACUUUCUAAUUUCUCCUUAGAGGAAGCAUCUCUCCUUCCCUGAACAAUGAGGUGAUUUUUUGAUUUGCACUCACUUCAGUGUUGCUGUUAUUUUCUGUCCACUACCACCCACUGACAAACUCAAAAUUUCCCCAGACCAGGGCUUGGCAAGUUUUUUUCUGUGAAAAGCCAGAUAGUAUUUUAAGCUUUGUGGGCUAUGUGGCCUCUGUUGCAAUCUAUAAUCAAUUCUGCUAUUGAAAAAGAAAAGUAUAGACAAUUUGGAAAUAAAUGGGUAUGGUUAUUUUCCAAUAAAAUCUUAUUUGUGGAUAGUAAAAUUUGAAUUUAAUGUAAUUUUUAUUUUGAAUUAUUACUCUUUUCCUCUCCAACCAUUUAAAAAUAUAAGAACCAUUCUUAACGUCAAGGCUUUGGAAAAACAGAUCUGUUGCCUUGGCCCUGUCAUAGACCUAGUCUUUUCUAGAGAACCUGUAGCAUUUAACUUGCAGUUUCCCUUUAUUGCUUUCCUAGUUCAUAAUCCAAAGCAAGAAAGGCCUGAGGUACAUCCCAGUGGCUGCUACAGUACAAGUCCGACAGCCAUCAGGUUUCAAAGAAGAUAAGCAGCUGGAUCUGGUAUAGGUUCUAUACAAACUGCUGAGUUUGUUGUUUGGGUUUUUAAUAGACUAGACAUGAGCAUCUAUGGCAUUAAGAAAAGUCAGGCUGCUUAUUUUGCAUAUGAGGUAUAAAACAUGAAAUUUAAGCAAUUUAGAACAUUUGGGAUGUUGCUCUAAAUUGUUUAGCUCUUUUACCCAACUGUGCCGCUUCGACAAAAUACUUCCACUGUCCCUUGCUAUUUAGCUACCAUGUUAAAGACUUGCUGUGUUCUGGGCACUGUUCUGCAUUUACAUGGAUUGUCUGAUUCACCCAAACCCCUAUGAAGUAGUCCCUUGUUUUUGCAAACAGGAAAAGCAAGGCAGGAGGAUUUAAGCAUCUAGCAUAAGAUCAUACUUAAGUUGCAAGUCAUAAUGGUUCUUAAACCAUUAUGCUAGACUCCUUAUAUUUUUCAAAAUUUUUUCCAUGUUUUUAAUUUUAUGUGUGAGAAAACGGCAGCCUCUUGGGUGUAUGUAACCAAGUUAGAAGGUAGUACUCAAGUGUUUUGUUCUAAGUUGUUUUGAACUUUGAACAUCACCUCAUACAUGUCCCUUGACUUUGAGGUCAAAAUUGUUUUCAUAAUACUAGGAUGCUACUUGCCUUUUCACUCAAGUGUGCUGUGGAGUUUUCCAGAGACUACACAACAGGUGAUGUUGCAGUAAAUCAGUAGAGGAGGGAAGCAGAUAAUGAAUGUUGUUAAUCCAGACAUUAAAGGGAAUUGCAAAGAUAUUUAAAAAUGUCACUCACUAAUUUAAACAAAAAUAAUGUUCCUCUUAGCACACAGUGGGUAUAUUAAUUUUAAAUUAAUUAAUAAAUUUUCUUAGUUUUAAUCUCUAAUGUAGUAAAUGUUAAUAGCUAGAAUCCACAUAAACAAAAAUUCUUGGAUGUCCUAAAUAAUUUCAUAUUAUAAAAGGGUCCUGAGCCGGACAGGUUUGAGAAUGCACCCCCUCAGUCAGCAGCCAUUGUUUCUAGCAUUUGUAGCUGGAGGAGAGUGGGGCACUCAUUCGUGCCACUCCUUACCCUCUUGUGCUGCCUGGAAGAACUUGCCCUCUGCCCUCUAUCAUAUUUAUCUUUCAGGUGAGAUUUACCUUGAACUGAAUGACAACAAUUUUAAUUUUAAAUUGGCUUAAAAUUUAAAAACAUAAUGUUUGGUUCUAGGGUCAACAAGAGGCCUGUGUUACUGAUUUUACUUUACAAGAGCUAAAAAUUAGUUCAUGCUUGCUCAGUGCUGCCUUUAUAAAAUCCGUGCACUGGUUGAUAGAAUUUGAUUUUGAGCUUGAAAUACAAGAACCCAGGUCAGCAACAGAAUUUUUUCUAGCACUGAUGAUUAAGUUGGUGAGGGCUACUUUCAGCUUUUCAGCACAAGGAUACAUUUUCUUUCAUUUAUUGAACUAGGUAGGUAUGUUGGAAGCAGCACUUUCCCAGAAUUGGUGGUUUCAUUUAGACAGCGAUUAUUCAACAGUCUGUGCAGAUAAAAUGAGGUUAUUUUUUCAAGAACAUCCAGCUAUGUCUAUUUGCAAGUCAUUCUCCUGCUCUGUGAGACCGAGGGAGUAGCACUUGUUACAUGAAGCUCAUUCUGGUCCU